AUAUCGUUUUGAUAACUGUUAACAUGAUGAGUUUUUCUGAUCGUUUGACUUCCAUACUCUCAGUUUUCUCUUUAUUAAGAAUAGGUUUGGCAACAUCUAACAUGCAAAAUGAAUGUUCUACAGGAAAAACAUCAUUGGAUCUUGUUUACUGGGAACAAAAGCCUUACGUUUUCGAGGACAAGGAAAGAGGUGAAAUCUCUGGUGCUAUACCAGAAAUCCUUCGCAUCGUUUUCAAGGCUUGUUGCCACAAGAGUCCCAAUAUUUCGGCCAAGCUUAUCGAGUAUCCCAAAUCACUGAAAACUACGAUCGAUCAGUACUCAGAAGAGAUCAUUAUUCCUGUGGGACGGAGAGUCGGCCUCGAGAAAUCGAUAUUUCUACGUCCUUUUGUAGGCUCAGUUCAUUCGCCUGGAAUGGCUAUUGUGGUACAGAGGAGUAUUCCAGGCGAAGAACUUCUAGCCGCCAUUUUGGAUUCUUGGCCAAUUGUGAUUUUCAUUGGGAUGUCGUUAUCUCUCAGUGGAAUUGUCAUGUGGGCUCUGGACAAUCGUAAAAACUCUGAGGAAUUCCCAAAGUUUUUCCCAAUAGGCGUAUUCGAAGGAGUCUGGUGGGCUGCUGUCACCAUGACAACAGUUGGUUACGGUGAUAAAGUUCCUCGUAGUAUUGCAGGCCGCCUCUUUGGUGUGGUAUGGAUUAAUGUUGGUCUUGUUAUCCUCGCUAUCUUUAUGGGAAUAAUAACAGCAUCUCUCAGCAGUAACAGUCUUGAACAAGUUAACAACCUAUAUGGAAUGCCAGUGGCGGUUUUGAAUGGCUCUGCUGAGGAACAGUUAGCUAUUUUACAAAAUGCUGAGGUGCACGUCAAAACAAGUUACGACGAGUUGUACAAGAGCGUCAAGAGCGAGGAGACCGUGUUAGCUUUAGUAGAUAUUUUCAGCACUACUCAGCACAGUGAAUAUUACAAUACAUACAAGUUAUAUGUGGCCACAGUCCUGGGUGAGCCUGUCAUUUACGGAGCAGUGUUACCCAAGACUAACGCGGCCCUAAGAUCGUGUUUCCUGAGUUACCAAGGGAACCAUCAGUUGGAAAUACACGAGAUUUUGGAAAAGUUCAGCAAAACAAAACAGUAUGGCGGUGACAAUUCAAGCUCUGGUGCAGACUACUUUGAUGGUAACCUGUUUGGGUACGCAGUUUAUGGCAUGUUUGGGUUGUUCUUGCUCGCCUUAGCUGUUGGUCUUUUCUGGCAGUAUUACCCGCGGGAAAAGAAGGCGCAAGAAAUUCAAAAUCGGAAAGCAAAACAAGACGUCUCCAAACCUGACCAGAAGACAGUAAAGACAAAUCUGGAAGUGAACGGUCACCAGAGGAAUACUUCGUCAAACUGUGGCGAGCACACGGAGCGACUCAUGGCCGCUCAAAGUGCAGAGCUGUUAGCCAUGGAAGAUGAGCUUAAAGCUUUCCGCAAGAACUGGGAAAAGAACUUCCGAGCUCUACAGGAAAGGCACAAACAAGAACAGCAACGCUUGUUUGAGCUAGACAAUUUGGGCUACGAGAUGUAAAAGAAACGAAACAUAAGGACAAAUAAUGAAGGCGCAGACUUUGGCACAGCACUUUCUUUAAAAUGUUUGCCAUGAUUUCGAUUUAGUUAUCUACUCAGUUUCCUAAUAAACAUAAUUGAAGAAGUGUUAAAAAUACUGCCAACAACUCAUUACUCCCUAACUGCCAGCUGAGGUUUCAGUUCACAUUCUUCGUCGUCUAUAAUACGUUUAUAGAUAAGUCAUACAAUUUACAUUAUCAAGAUCAGUUGUAAAUAUUGCACAUCAAACUGUACUUUUACUUCGGUAACAUUUUAAUGAUAAAAACACCUUAAUGAGCCACUAGAACGUUUGCAAGCGAGAUUGUGUUGGUUAUGGAAACCAAGUUUACAGUAAACUUAAACACAUACUGAAUACACUGUUCCUUGCCUGAAAAAUGGCACUGGAAAUCACUGCUUCAGACUACAGAAAGGAGACGGAAGCCCAAACCAAUAUUCAUAACGUGCAGAAAAGUUACGUUGUCUACUCUUAAGAUCUCUGCAUUAGUUGUUCAGCAACAGUUCACGACUCUAUGCAAGAAUCUACCACUCGGUUUUUUUUAUCUUGUCAAGUGCAAUAAAUAGGUUAACAGGGGUAUUGGCUAAGUAACACUCAUAAAAAUCUUUUCAUUUACCAAGAGUGACCACAAAUCAAUCCAACGAAUAAAAAACAAACAGACCAACAUUGAAGGAAGCGUAACUCUAAGGCGAAGAGCGACAUAAUAUCUGUCUAACAAUCUCUAUGGUUUUUCUCCUUACCUCUCUUAUAUUCCAACAAUACAGAAUUGGCUUAAGAGUGGAGUUAAAAAACAAGAAGGUUCUUGUAAAUGCCCAUGGUUUAAGAAGAGGUGGAACAAUGCCCUGAAUUGCCAUACAGAUUAUAACUACUAACAAGGGAAUGUAGCAGAUAAGGACUGAAAACUGUACACAGAUUGCGUUAGACACUGUCUUCCUGUAUCGUGCAAUGUUCAGAGGAGGAUGGCGAUUUGGGUGUCCUCGGCCGUGACUUCGUUCUUGUAUUUGAACUUGAUGGCGAUUAAGCGUCUGAAAAAUCUUGAUGUAACAGCAAGUUGCGACCGCUAAGCAUAGCGAAAUUAUUGUGAUGAAGUAAAAGAAAAGGUGGGCAAAGGUGCCCAUGAUAAUCACGUAUGCGGUAGUGAGGAAAGUCUAAAAACAAACCACAGUUAUUAGGACUCGCUUAAAAGUAACCACUUGUCUGUACCUCAAGCCUAACAGCAGAGCGAGUAGUCUGUCCACACUUAUUGCACUUACGGUAAAUAAAGAUAAUAAACCUAAAAUUCCCGCUAACCUGCUGGCGAUGCCAAAAAUCUUUGCACAUAGACUAACACCGCCGUACUCUGUUAGAAACAAUAACGCGACAUAAAAAGGCUCUGCGAGAAUCCCGACAAACAAAUCAGUGAUCGCCAAGAAACGCAGCAAACUCUUGGAAGGUGGAUGAAGGGAUGAGUCCUUAUGAAAAGCCACCAGGAUGAAAACAUUGGCUAAAGUAGCAGUAAUUGCCAGAAAAAUGUUCACGGCUUCCAGAAACCGAAAUGACUGCUUUUUCAUUUGUGAAAGUCCUUGACAACCUCGGUAUAGAUCACUGAUCAUGACGGUCAGCCUACAGUUGGUCUGGGAGGAACGUUUUGUGCUAAAAAUUCUAGUCGACUCUGC